UCCUGGUCACAGAUGCUCCAAGCUGUGACAGACUCUUGCAUAGACAGUAUACGUAGUGUGUAUAGGGCCUGGCUCCAGGGCUUCCCUUGUGCUCCCAUGCGAAGAGGACCCCCCAGGGGAGCUGAUGCCAGCUGAGACUGAAAAACAAGUCGCAUAAUGGCGGAGGAGAGCCUGGAGACAGAUGGCCCCAGAUCCUCCAUGCCGGCUGAGCUCCACCAUCCCCACUCUGAGUACUCUAAGUGGAAGUUUAAACUGUUUCGGGUGAAGUCCAUGGAGAAGGCCCCUCUGCCCAGUGAAACACAGCCUGAGAAAGGAGCCUUGUUAGGGAUCUCACAUCAUGCAGCUCCAAAUAUAGAGUUAGAUAAUGCUGUGAGUCCAGGGAGUGUUAUGAAAUUGUGCCUCGGGGGAAAAAGCAAGGAAAAUGUGGAGGGCCCUGGCUGGAGGGUAGAUAUGAAGCUAAAGGAGAUGGACACCCACAUGAACCACCUCAGGUGCUUGUGCCGUCUCUGUGGAAUGGCCCUUAGAAAAGUCAAAGGACCGGUGCAUGACGUUAAUGGGAAUCUGGAUGAGAUCAGCAAAGGUGCCCUGCGUAAAAUGGGCUGCAAGUUUACAAGCUGGCCAGAGGUCAUCCUCAAAGUCUUCAAAGUGGAUGUGACAGAGGACAUAGAGUCUGUCCAACCUCUUCUCUUCUGCCAUCGCUGCUGGGUGGUUGCCAUACGCGGAGGCGGCGUCUGCAGCUUCUCCAGAACGAGAGUCCCGGAAUGGAAACCCCACUCUUCCCCCUGCCAUCUUUGCUCCCCCAGGAAACCUUCAUUCCAGCGGACUGGAAGGAAGAGGCGAAAAGCCAUUCCCAAAGCCCAGAGCCUGGCAAAAAGGACCAGGUGGGACUACAGCGACAGCAUUGCCGUGGGUGAGAGGAGGGCUCUGAGACCAUUCGGAGACCAUCAUCAUGCUCCUGUGCUCCGGGCAUGUAGGAAAUCCAGCAUCCAGAGAGAGCAAUGGGUGAGGAACAUCACCCACUGCCAGAAAGACCAUGUGAAUACCAAGCUGAUCUCUGAGAAGCUCCCUGUGGACUUCCUCUUUUCUUUCACCUGCCUGGUGUGUGACCACCUGCUCUCUGAUCCAGUCCAGUCCCCCUGUGGACACCUCUUCUGCCGCAGCUGUAUUAUAAAAUAUAACCACGUUCUGGGACCUCACUGCCCGGCCUGCAACUUGUCCUGCGCCCCUGAUGAUCUCAGCACACCCACCAAAGCCUUCUUAUCAGCCCUACAUUCCCUGCCUCUGCUCUGCCCUAGGAGUGGCUGUGGCAAGCAAGUACGGCUAGACUCAUUCAAAGCUCAUUGUCUGGGCCAUGAGCUGGAUGGACAGGACACAAAGCAGCAGUCAUCAGAAAUCGACAACUCCCUGCUAGCCAAUAAAGGGGGAAGACCCCGUCAGCACCUGCUGUCGCUUACCCGUCGUGCCCAGAAGCAUCGGCUGAGGGAUAUGAAGAACCAGGUGAGGGCGUUUGCAGACAAAGAGGAAGGUGGCGACCUGAAGUCUGUGUGUCAGGCUCUGUUUCUGCUUGCACUGAGGUCUGCGAAUGAACACCGGCAAGCAGAUGAGCUAGAGGCCAUGAUGCAAGGCAGAGGCUUUGGGUUGCAUCCUGCUGUGUGCCUGGCCAUUCGGGUCAACACUUUCCUGAGCUGCAGCCAGUAUCACAAGAUGUACCGGACUGUCAAAGCCACUAGUGGCCGCCAGAUCUUUCAGCCCCUGCACUCCCUGCGAGCUGCAGAGAAGGAGCUUCUCCCUGGCUUUCACGAGUUUGAAUGGCAGCCUGCUCUCAAGAAUGUGUCUACAUCUUGCAGUGUUGGCAUUAUUAAUGGAGUCUCUGGAUGGGCUUCCUCGGUGGAUGACUUCCCAGCUGACACCAUCACUCGGCGGUUUCGCUAUGAUGUGGCACUGGUGUCAGCAUUAAAGGAUCUGGAGGAGGACAUCAUGGAGGGGCUGAGCGAGAGUGAGAUGGAAGACAGUGCUUGCACCUCAGGCUUCAGUGUCAUGAUCAAGGAAUCCUGUGAUGGCAUGGGCGAUGUCAGCGAGAAGCACGGUGGAGGACCAGCUGUUCCUGAGAAGGCUGUACGUUUUUCAUUCACUAUUAUGUCUGUCUCUGUCCUGGCAGACGAGGAGGAGAAAGAGGUUACCAUCUUCACUGAGCCAAAGCCAAACUCAGAACUGUCCUGUAAGCCCCUUUGCCUGAUGUUUGUGGAUGAGUCAGACCAUGAGACGCUCACAGCCGUCCUGGGGCCUAUAGUUGCAGAGCGUAAUGCAAUGAAAGAGAGCAGGCUCAUCAUAUCCAUGGGUGGACUACCUCGCUCCUUUCGCUUUCACUUCAGAGGCACGGGAUAUGAUGAGAAGAUGGUGCGUGAGAUGGAGGGCCUCGAGGCCUCAGGGUCCACCUAUGUGUGCACUCUUUGUGACUCCACUCGGGCAGAGGCCUCUCAAAACAUGGUGCUACAUUCUGUCACCCGCAAUCAUGAAGAGAACCUAGAUCGGUAUGAAAUAUGGAGAACCAACCCUUUUUCUGAGUCUGUAGAUGAGCUGCGAGACAGAGUCAAGGGGGUCUCUGCCAAGCCCUUCAUGGAGACCCAUUCCACGCUGGAUGCAUUGCACUGUGACAUUGGCAAUGCCACAGAGUUCUACAAAAUCUUCCAGGAUGAGAUCGGAGAGGUGUACAAAAGGGUCAACCCCAGUCGGGAGGAACGGCGCAGCUGGAGGGCAGCCCUGGAUAAACAGCUGAGGAAGAAGUUGAAGCUGAGACCGGUGAUGAGGAUGAAUGGGAACUAUGCCCGGAGGCUAAUGACCCUAGAGGCUGUGGAGGUGGUGUGUGAGCUGGUGCCCUCAGAGGAGAGGAGGGAGGCCCUGAGGGAGCUUAUAAGGCUCUACCUCCAGAUGAAGCCUGUGUGGCGCGCCUCCUGCCCUGCCAAGGAGUGCCCCGACCAGCUGUGCCGCUACAGCUUUAACUCCCAGCGCUUUGCUGACAUUCUCUCCUCUACAUUUAAAUAUAGGUAUGAUGGAAAGAUAACCAAUUACCUGCACAAGACCCUGGCCCAUGUGCCUGAAAUCAUAGAGAGAGAUGGAUCCAUAGGAGCUUGGGCCAGCGAAGGGAACGAGUCAGCAAACAAACUGUUUAGGCGUUUCCGGAAGAUGAACGCACGUCAGUCAAAGGCCUUUGAGCUGGAGGAUGUGUUGAAACAUCACUGGCUCUACACUUCCAAGCUCUUGCAGAAGUUUAUGGAAGCACACAAGGACUCUGCCAAAGCUCUGCAAGCUACCAUUGACCCAGUACAGAGCCAGGAUUAUGAGGACAUGUCUCUGGAAAUUGAUGACUUUUGAUUUUUAUUUUACAGCAAUGUGAACCUUAAGUAACAUUUCAUUGCUUUCAAGAUAGUUGUAUAAUAUUUGAAUUGCCUCCAUCAGAAAUAUGGACUCGUUUACAAAUGUACUUUCUAUAUUCAUUUAUUGAUAUUUAAAAUAAUGGGGAAUAGAGCUUAUGGACUUAAAGCCAAGAUGUUCUACAUUUUUGUUUUAUAUUUUGUUGCGAUUGAAGUAUCUUUGCAAAUUUAAACCAUCAUCUUUUGUUGUUGUAUUUUUACAAAAUACUUUUCCCAUUAAAUAACCAAUUUCUUGCACUCAAACAGAGUAAAUUCUAAAAUUUGAUGGACAAUAAUUGUAUUCUCACACCACAUUUUUACUUAUAUUUGUGUUGCCUUGUUGUACAUAUAUAUUUGCCUUGCUUUGUUAGCUGUUAUUUAUCACAGUGCAAAGAUGGGGACACAGAGGAACAUAGAAGUGACACACAGGUUUCUUUUUCUCCUGCUCUUUGCAGGAAAGUUCUUUUUUUAUCUUCACCGUCUGUGAAAUAUGGCGCAGUUUAUUGUAUUGCAAGGAUAUGACACAUUUAUGAAUUUAUAUAGAGAGGAUAUUUAUGGAAACAGAUGAAAGUGCUGUAAGUCAUGGAGUGAAAUUGUGUUAAAAAGACCAUAUUUGUGGCUACUGUAUUAAUAUAUCAUUUGAGCUGAAACAAAAUGCAAUCACAGAGACCCAAAUGUUUUUUGUUUCAUGAGUGCCCUCUGAAAAAGAUUACUUUAGUGUUUUAUCGUGGGAUCCCUGAGGGGCAGAAUGGAUGCCAGGUCACUUUGAACCAAUUUUUAUCUCUUUUAGUUUUUGCACAGUGGAGGAUAGAUGAUUCAAAUUCGAAUUCUUCACAUAAAAUAAAGCAUAUACUGACCUUUUUGUUGAUAUCAUAAAAAUAUAGUAUGGUCCAUUACGAAGCCUAAUACCCCAUGGACUCUCCAGCAGGCAGGGGUUUUUCUGUAGUUCUGUAUAUAACCUGGCUCUUUUUCUGCUGAUAUUUCUUCAUUGCCACGGGUUGACAGAGGAGAGGGAUGAGCGGGAGCUAGAAACUGAUUUGUUGGCAACUUUAUUUGUUUGAUUGAUUGAUUAUAUUAUCUUUAUUUGUGCCCUCACCAUUUUGAAUUGUGACAGGCAAUUUUGUUUUCCUGUUUGAUUGAAAGUUUGAUUUUAUUUUACUGUCAUAGGUUUAACCAAGUGACAGCUGUGAAAUAUUCACAUUUCAUUCCAUAGUUGUCUUUCCUACAAUACCAUCAUGUUUUAGAGUGCAACUAGUACUCUUAUUUGUUUUGUUGCCAUAAUGAAUUGCAUUUCCAAAGUAAUGGAUGAUGGAUGACUCACAGAAUUCCACUUUUUUUUUACCGUGGAUUUCCUCAUUUUCUGCUUCCAUAUUACACUAAAUAGCUGGUAAACUGUUUGCUGGGGUUGCUGAAGACUUUCAGUGGUG